CAAACGCCUCCAUCCUUCCUCCUCGUGCCGUCAGCGCACGCCUGCCUUCCCUGUCAUCUCAUUUGUUGCAAUGGAUGCCAAGUUGAUGGAUGCUCCCAUGGACGGCAGCAGCGCUGAGCCAACGUCAAGCCUCACCGCAGAGGACGCCCCAUCGCUGUUCGCCAAGUUCAACGUGGAGGGCAAGCUUGGCGAAGGUUCGUACGGCUACGUCGUCAAGUGCUCGACCAAGGCCAGCACCAAGAAGAGCACCAAGAAGAAGAGCACCAACAAGCGGCUGGGAGAUUGGCAGGGCAAGCAGGAUUCCAAGGCGGUCAAGGUGCAGAUCUUCCACCAAGACAUCAGCAAGUACCAGGUGGGUGGGUGCAAGAACAAGCAAACAACGGAUCCGACGACUCAUUCAUUCCAUCGAUCAUCAUGCUUUGUCUUUCGUCCUCAACAGCUGCGUGACGCUGCCAUCUGUCGCUACCUGAGCGGCCAUCCCAACCUCGUCAGCUUCGACAGCGUGUGGACGGGGGAGGGCAUCUGUCGCGUGCAGUCGGAAAUGUCAAGUGGGGUGGACUCGCAUCUGUCGUGCGAAGGGCUGUGGCGUGCCGAACACUGCAAACACCUAUACAUGGCAAUGGAGUGAGUAAGAACGCAGCCAGCCAGCCAGACAGACAAAGAACACAGGGACGCAAGAAUGCGACUGGGACAGGCAGGGGGCUGUCUGUUGUUUGUAUCUUUGUUUGUUUGUUUGUGUGCACAGGUUGGCUGAGACAGAUCUGUACAAGCAUCUGCACACAAAGAAGCUCAAGCGUAUCGGUCGUCACGUGGUCACGGUCCCCGACAGACGCAUCUGCCUCUCGCCCAAGGAAGUCAAGAGAAUCAUGUACCAGGUACGGAAGGACAGACCGGAAGGAGCCCGCCUUGUCCGUCUUGCGGAGUCUGUGUGUUGUCUGUCCUUCCUUCGUCGCUUGUGUCAGUUGCUGUUGGGUUUGGCGUACAUGCAGACCAAGGGCAUCAUCCAUCGGUCGCUCGUACACACAGGAUGUGUGGGGAGCGACCAUGACCUGUCUGUGUCUGGUUUGUGCAGCGACCUCAAGCCCGGCAACAUUUUGAUGUCGGGCAAACGUGUGAUGAUCACGGACUUCGGCCACUCUCGCCUCGUGACCGGCACACACGACCCCAUCAGCCACUCGGUAGGCACAUGAAUGAGGAAAGACAUGCACAACGAACACACACAGACGGACAAACGCGUGAUUGAUGCCCUUGUGUGCAUGUGUGAUGGGCAGAAUCCAUACUUCCUAGGCACGCCAGGCUAUCGCUGCCCUGAGCUCAUCCUCGGCGCCAAGAACUGUGAGCCAAAUAUGAGAGCAGGACACAACACAGUUCUUCGCCUGUGGACACGUCUCUUCUGUGUGUGUUGGGUAUCAGACGGCACCAAGGUGGACAUGUUCUCUGCUGGCACCAUUUUGAUGGAGAUGGCUACAGCCCGGAAGCCAUUCAGCCACCUGGGCAGCGACUACGGCUCCCUCAUCAUGAUGUUUCAGCUGCUGGGCAUGCCACCCCAGGACAGGGUCAAACAAAUGGACUUCGUCGGGAAGGUGCGCACAUACUCCCUCCCUGAGGUUCCCUCCCUCCCUCCCUCCCUCCCUAAAUGACACACCACACCCGACCUCCCCUCUCCCCAUACACCCUUUCUCUUUCUCCCUUUGCAGAGCCACGCGUUCCCGCGUCUGCUGCCCAAGACGAAGUCGCAGGUGCGCCAGGCCCUCGACGCACUAUGUGACGGCAAGAACAAACUCACCGACGGCCAAUUCAGUCUGCUCUACGAGUAAGCCAAGCCACCAGCACAAGGAGGGAAGGGGCAGGCGGAACACGCAAGUGUGGUCUCUUCUGUGUGCUGUGUGUCAGCCUGUGGCGCGUUGAUCCAGCCGAGCGCAUCUCUGCCAUUGAGGCCAUCAACCACCCCUACUUCGACGACCUCGACAAGACGGUGAGAUGGAUGAAGGGUCGGCAUUUGAUGCACUCACUGACUGACUCGUCGCCCAUUUCCAUAUGUGCACACAAGAAGAGUGCCUUCUGCACCGCAUCCUCAUCCUGUCUCUCUGUCCCCCCGUCCCGUUUCCUUCAUGUGCAGCGAUACGCCCACUGGGCCCACGACCUCGGCGCCGCGUUCGAUGAAGACGGCCACACCGCCUUCUCUGCAGCAGACGCAGACGACAGCACCAACCCCUCCACCGCCGCCCCGGGCCAGCAGCAGAAUCAGUACAACCUGCGAGAGCGGCUGAAGCGGCCAUCGCCGUACGACGGCACCGUCAAGUCCAUGUUCAAGACACCACCAGCCAAGAAGAGGCGCACCACGCAUUACGCCAACGCUCCCAGCCGCCCCAAGAGAGAAUGAGAGGAGCAAUGUGUCUGCAUGUGAUGACUUGCCCGUUAAUACAUGCAAUUCAUCGCACGUGAAUGGAUUCAGC